AUGGACCCCAGCAAUAAUAAUACUAGUAAUAAUGAUAAUGAUGCUAGUAAUGAUAACAAUAUCACAAUUGCCAAUGUGGUGUCAACCUUCAAGACUGGGUGCCACCUUGACCUACACACUAUUGCACUGAGGGGACGCAAUGUCAUCCAUCAGCCUAAAGGAGGAAAAGUGGUCAUGAAACUCCGUAAGCCCCUGAUAACAGCCACAAUUUCAUCCUCAGGUGGUGUAGUCUGUGCUGGAGCCAAGAGUGAGGCAGAGGCAAAAAUGGGUGCUCGCAGGGUAGCGCGCUGUCUGCAAAAACUCGGCUUCAAGGUGACGUUUUCAGGCUUUAGGGUUGUGAAUGUGCUGGCGGUGUCCUCUGUGCCUUUCAGAAUCAACCUCAUACGCUUCACUAUGGAAAAUAAGCCCUUUGCCACUUAUGAGCCAGAGCUCUUCCCUGCUGCGAUAUACAAGAUCAAAAAUCCCAAAGCAACUUUGCAAGUGUACUCAACUGGCGCGAUCGUAGUCACGGGACCAAAUGUGAAGGACCUGAACAAAGGGUUUGAGCACACCUACCCGCGGCUGUUUGAGUGUCAGAUACCCAGUGACGAGCCGCCCGAAAACAUUAAAACUGUCGAUCGUCUCGAGCAGCACAGGAUCAUUGUCUUCAUUAUAAAUCAUUGA